AUGAAAAAUCGAAAGGAACAGAGCAGGCCAUGGUCACAGGAGGAAUCAGAAUGGCUUAUUCAGGUUGUAUCCAAGACUUCGACCAACCUUGACAACAUAAAUUGGCAAGAUGUUGCCAAGCAGGUACCCGGCCGGACGGGUAAGCAGUGCCGCGAAAAAUGGAAGAACGAUCUUCGACCAAACAUUUGUAAGGAGCCGUGGUCACUCAAGGAGGAGUACGUCCUCGCGGUGGCGCACAGCCUGCAUGGAAACAGAUGGUCCGAGGUGGCAAAGUAUCUACCAACCAGGCCGGAGAACACAAUCAAGAACAGAUGGUGGGUACUAUAA